AAAAAAAAAAAAAACAUUGCCACACUUUUGUGAGUCAUUGUAUAAGUUUAAUUGUUAUUCCUUUAUCAAGGCAUAUUUUAUACCAAAGCAAAAAAAGGGGAUAAAUUCAACAAGACAGCAUCUAUUUGAACAUGUGUGGUUAAUAUGUGUAUAUAUAAAAUGAUUUCAUUACUUUUGUUGUCUAUUUUUUGUUGUCAAAUAAAUCAUCAUUUUCAUGUCAUGUUUAGUGUUUGUUGUAUAGGGUUGAUGAUAAUGUUGUCAAAUAAUAAAAAUACAUCUGUUAUAAUAUUAUAUGCUUAUCAUAUACACAUAUUUUUUUUUUUUACUAUAAAAUAUCUCUCUUCUUCUAUAAAUGAUACUAGAAUAUUACAUGUAUGCAUUUUCU